AUAUCGAUGUAAUAACUUCCGGUCGCUUUAGUUCAAUUAAUUCAAGUGUAAUUCACACAGCAAUGAAUUUUCACUGUAAAAUCUUCAUAUUAUCGAACGUUUUGUGGCUAACCGCUGCACUUAGAACGGAUGAUUGGCCCCCACAAAUGAUUAUUGACCACUUCGCCGAUACCUUACCUCAAGUAAGACUGUGCCAAGAUGAGUAUAAUAUUGAUGCGCGCACGUUAAUUGAAUUUGAGGAAUCUUCUGAUUUGAACAAUUUACCAAAUGACCGGUCGUUAAAAUGCUACAUGUUAUGCACAUACAAGGCAUUUAAACUAAUUGUUCCGGAAAGUACAAAACUUCAAGUAGUUGAAUUGUUUGGUACAAUUUCUAACUUGGACUAUGAUGCUCGAACCAUUUAUUUGAAAAUGACGUCAGGCUGCAGCAAGAUAAGGUCAAAAGAUUUGUGCGAAGCAGUAUACAUAAUGAAUGUUUGCAUGAAAAAGAAUUACAAUAGUCACUACUAUCUAGUGGAUGGCUCGGAUUUUUGGUUUCAAAGAGUAAAGUCCAACACUUCACAUAAUACCAAUGUCACGCUAGUAACUGAAACAGCUUCAACGAUAGAAACAUGAAUGAUUUGUAGUAAUUAGGUUACGAAGAGUACAGUACAGUCCCUCGGUCUGAGCAGACGCAUCGUCGAGAUAAUUUGUCAAAAUUAUGGCAACAGAGAUUUCGCUU